UUUCAGAACACGAAUCUCGCCGACGGGUCACAACUGAUGAACAACUGGAUGCAUCCAAAAUAUGAGUUUUUGUUUAAGGCUUACGCUUAUUCCAUCAAAAAUCCUGACGAAAUUAUGGAAGGAGCAAUACCAGAAGUGAAGGAGUCAGGUCCCUACACGUUUACGAAAAAUGUUGUUAACAAAGUUCUUUCGCAUAACAACGGAAUCGUGAAGUUCAAGCGGUAUGUGUCGUACGUGUUCAACGAGACGGAAUCCUGUCAGACUUGCAUACUGGGAAAUCGAAUUUGGAUUCCGAACAUAAUCUACCAGAAAUUUGUUGAAGCUGCAUCAACGGCAGGAAUGACGGCCGCCGCAACUACUCUUCUGUCGCAGACGGCUUUUUUGGAAGUGGAAGUAGGCGAGUUUCUCUUCGAAGGAUACAAGGAUCCAUUUCUCGACAAGAUAUGUGAAAUUCCAUUCAUGAACUUCGUUUGUGAGUCGAUUCUUGAUCUACCGGAACGUAUUGGGAUUUUUUUCGAGAAGAACAACACUGCUGAUGGCGUCUAUGAAAUUAGUGACGGCGUGGGGAUGCCAAAAGAUAUUGGAAAAAUUCAUACAUGGAAUGGAAAGAAAUCAGUGGAUGCUUCGUGGUGGUCGAGCCUCAAUGCAAGGAUGAUACGUGGAACGGAAGGCAUGUUGUUUCCACCACUUCUGAAAAAGUCGGAUAGGAUCUAUGUUUUCAUCAGUCAGAUGUGCAGGUGUGGUUUUGCUCUUGUUAUUUUGAUUAUCCCACAGGUUUGUAGUGAAAUUUUACUACAUCGUAUGUCUGUUGUUCAGAAAAUAAUACAAGAUUUCAACCUGUGCUUCAAUGUGACAUAUGCCACCUCGGAGCAAAAAACCAUUAGAAUCCGACCAUUUUUGACAAAGAGAAAGAGUUUCGUCUAUUCCAGCUGCGUAAAACUUUGUGCUUCUUAA